GUUGCGCUGCUGCCUCGAUCCAUAACGCCUACAGUUUGGUGUUUGGAGGUAGAAGGCCCUCCGAUAGCGCUAUGAACCGCCCAGCGGUCUUCAAAUAUCACCACAAUCCGCUACCAUCCUAAGGGAGGCGUUGUCUACAGCAGCUAGCUCGCAACCCAGUCCGAGCCCAGCCGAGAUGUCACCUACCUGCGUAUGCUGGGAAAUAUGCUGGUCACCGUACAGUUUUGAAGCCGCUAGCACAGCCGGUUUACAUGAAAUCGCGGGCGACGCCCGCUUUGCCCCGCAGCCCCGUACCCCCGACUGCUUUCCGAGCAUCCCCGACAAAGGCCACACCAUGUGGCCACAGCCGCAGCCAGAGGGAUGACACGCCCGGUUCCCGAGGGCUUCGCACUGAGCCGGGCGAGCUCCGGUGGGCGCUCAGCGCGGUCCUGUAUUGCUAAUCUUGAUGAGUAAACCGCUCAGCGCGCUGGGUUGCGGGGCUCAUCGACUGGGCCGUCGGCUCAUCCGGGUGUGCGGACCGCUCAUCCAGCUUGGCGGCCCUUCGCUGGGCCGAAGCUCUCAGCAGCUGAGAGCAGCCGAAACAGCCCGUGUCAUCCCCCUACAGCAGCUCUAGAAUACACCACAGCGAAUGAGCAGGCGCUACUCUUGUCGGGUUUGCCAGUUGUGCAGCGCCCGCUACACCACUCCCUUGCACUUGGGCCGGUGCGUGCACUGAACCAGGUGCGCCAGCAGGUGACGGGACCUGUCGGCGUACGCCUGCACCCGCCAAGGCACCCGCUCCCCCGCCUCUUGCACGCAGCUUGCAAGGCUGGCAUGCGGCUCCUCAAGACGGGGAGCAAACGGACUACCGUACUGACACUGUGCUUAAACGCCCCCCAUACGGCGGGCUCACCGUGCGUGGCGGACUUGCCUUUCACCCAGCCUGAGGCUCUUGGCCCAGGCGGUAUCGGGCAACCCGCGCUCAGCUUCUGGCCGUCAGUCUAUUGGAGCGCCUCACCGUGCUUGCCAAUAAUGGUGGACGGCCACGCGCAUCCACGCGCAUGUGGAUGGAUGCUGGGGUCGAACAUGGGGAUGACAUUGAGACUGGAAGCCGUGAGCCCGAUGGCAUGAUCCAUGGCUGUUGUUGACGCCUGUUUACAGGCUUUCGAUGAUAGGUAACAGGGCCUGCAGCGCUGUUUACAGGCCGCACGAGUGUUGAGAAGCAGGGACUGUGCAACGGAGCGCUUUGACGUGAACGUGUUAUGGCAUAUGACUGAUUCACACGUCGGUAAUGACCCCUGACUGAUGUUCGCGGGUGCUGCGUAUGCUGGCGUGCCCAAGGAUCGUUGUUGGAUAAGCUUGCUGGUCGCAAUACCGUGUAAGUGUGGGAAAUGCUGCGUGCGGACGCGGUAUCAAGUUACCGGUAAUCGAGAAGCGUCUUACAGCAAAAGUCUGCGUGAACAGAGGCAAGGGCCGUGCUGCAGGUGGAGUAGCACGCUGCGGCAGGUAGAGAGCGGGAGAGAGGCGAGGGUAAGGGAGCGAGAAGCAGGUGACAGGCGAGGCUGACGCAAGUUGGCGCACAAUGGCUCGCUCAUAUGGUUACCUCGCGCGCUGUGAAAGGCCAGAGAGCUGUCGUCGUGGGCGUGCUGUAGUCGGGGUGGCAU